AUGAUAGGCACCAAGGACAACUACAAGGUGGUGAUUUCCUACGAUUUUGGAACCACGUUUUCAGGCGCAUCCUACGCCUUUACUCAUAAUACCACACCUGAAGUAUUUGAUGUACAAAAAUGGCCUCACAAAGGUGGCAGCUUCUACCCAAAGACACCCUCUAUAUCAGCAUACAAACGCUCAGAUCCUUCCACUAUGACCGAAUGGGGCCAUGGUGCCAAGAAGUUAAUGCUUAAACCACAAGCUGCCAAGGAAAACAUAAUUUUGUCAAACUUCAAACUCAAUCUCGAUGAGUCUCUGCAUAGAGGUAUCGCUGAAAACCGCAGAUCCCCAGUCAGCAACAUUGCGGAUUACCUGAAAGCACUACACAAACAUGUCUUGGAAGAUGUGACCAAGGGUUUCGCCAAGAAUUACGAUCCUGAUACCUUUCGCUAUUGCUUGACCGUACCAGCCAUGUGGUCUGAUCUCGCAAAGCAUUCAAUGAGGAAAGCAGCUGUGAUGGCAGGAUUGAUCAAGCAAAACGACCCGCAGGACAGACUGAUACUGAUAUCUGAGCCGGAAGCUGCUGCACUUUACUGCGAACGCAUGUGCGAGCAAGUCAAUCUGAAGAAGGGGGAUCGCAUGUUGAUUUGUGAUGCGGGUGGCGGAACAGUUGACCUGAUUGUGUUUGAAGUGAUGGAUGACAGAAUACAAAGCAACAACCGACUCAAGGAGGUAACAAAAGGCAUUGGCGAGAGCUGUGGCAGCGUGUUUUUGGAUGAAAAGUUCAAGGUGUUGAUGCAAGAGAAAUUGGGCGAUCAAGCCAAGACCUUACCUGCUGCGGCCAUGAACAAUUUGAUGGAUCAGUUUGUGGAUAACAUCAAGCCGGAAUUCGACGGUCUAGAUGACCAGUACAUCAGUUUGCCGGUAUCCAUCAGCUUGGACGACCUGAAUACAGAAGAUGAAUGCUUGGACGAGGGCACCAUGGCAUUGCGAGCCGAUGAAUUGAAGGAGAAAGUGUUUGAACCGGUAGUGGAGCGUGUGAUUGCACUAUUGGAAAAACAAUACAGCGCUGUACCUGACAAGCGAGUGUCAUGCAUAUUUUUGGUGGGUGGAUUUGGCUCUUCAAAUUAUCUAUUUCAACGCGUACAAGAAGUGUUUGAAUCCAGGGUGGAUCAAGUGUUGUGUCCUCCACGAGCUGCCAUGGCAGUGGUGCGUGGUGCUGUCUAUUUUGGAUUAAAUCCACGGGUCAUUACAUCCAGAGUGUCUCGCCGCACAUAUGGUAUCAAUGCAGGUUUGCCCUUUGAUGACAACCUGGAUCCCAUUUCCUCUCGCGUAGUUCGACCAGAUGGUAGUAUUCGCUGUACAUCACGAUUUCUGGUGUUUGUCAAGAAAGGCGAUGAGCUGCCAGUAGAUCAUUGCAUUCGUGAAAGAAUGUUUGUAUAUUACGGUACCAUGAAGGCGACGGAUAUCAUGCUGUAUGCCACUGAUGAGGACAAAGAGCCCCGGUAUUUUGAUGAGCCCAAUGUUAAACAAGUAGCCGCCAUCUCUGUGCCUAUACCACAACUACCUGAUGUUGUUCAUGGGGAGCGUAUUGCGUAUACUGUCAGAAUGUAUUUUGGCCUGACUGAAAUUCGUAUGGAAGCUGAUUUUGGCACGGGCAUUAUUCACAAGGUGCAAUGCAAUUUUGAUGCUUUUGACAAGUACGAUAUUGAGGAAAACACGUCGUCUUGA